CGGUCCGGCCCCCUUCCUCCUCCGUUCUCCCGCCAUGGCAGCACGCAUGCGCUGAGCUCAGGUACAUAUACAGAGGCUCCGGCCAUGGCGCCGUGGCCUCCAAAGAUGAGAGGGACACCCGCGCCGCACCGCCCAUGGACGCCAUCUUCGCGCUCGCCGCGGGGCCCCGGGCGCGCGUCCUGGAGCGCGCAGCGACCCGCAUCCCAGGCUGCCUCUACAUCUGCCUCUGGGCGCCGGUGAUCGCCGGCCAGCUCAUCCCUUCCAGCCAUUUGCGCUGCGUGGACGCGUGGAUCGGCGACGGCAGCGGCGGUCGCGCACGGGAGGUGUUCGAGGCGUACCGGCGCGCGUUCUGCGCCGCCGUGAGCGGCUGCGUGCCCGGGUGGGCGUACAAGGACGGCCGCGCGUACAUGGAGCUGCCGGAGCCGGACCUGACGGCGGCGGCGUCGCUGCAGGUGCAGGAGCAGCUCUACCAUGAAGCCGGCACGAAGACGGGGGUGUUCAUGGGCUGCGAGCGCGGCGAGAUCGAGGUGGGGCUGUCGGACACAUCGGCGGCGGCGGCGGUGGCGGGCCACGUGCAGCAGUCGCUGAUGGAGGAACUCAUGCAGCUGGCGCCGGCGGUGCCUUCGUCGUCGUCGUCCUCCCUGCCGUCCAUCUCCAUCGGGAGCCCCGAGUACUCGACGCUCAUCCGCUCGAUGGCCGACGCCGCCGAGCCGUCCUCGCAAGAACGGUAUCCGCAUCCGCUGCCGCUGCACCCGGCGGCGGUGCAGCUGCCCGGCUUGCUCCCGCCGGUGUACGGCCAGCCGCCGUUCCUGGGGUCCGAGGCCGAGGACGCGGCCAUAGCGGAGGCAAUGCUCGCGAUCAUCUCCUCCGCGCCGCUGCCGCCGCCGGCAUCCCCCAACGUGCCACCGGGGCCGUCCCCUCCGUGGCUCGUCCGCCACCGGUGGUCGCAGCGGCGUCGGGCAGGGGCGUUCAGGGCGUACAGCGCCGCGCUCUCCCCGAGGGCGCGGCCGCGGCCGGGCGCGCCGGGGCAGAGGAUGGUCAAGACGGCCAUCGCGCUCAUGCUGAGCGUGCACGUGGCAAUGCGCGAACGGGAGCUCGCCGCCGCGCGCCAGCAGGAGGACGCCGCCGCCGCGCAGCCGCCCCCGGCGCCGCCGCAGCAGCACACCAGCAGCCAGCUGCACCACAUGAUCUCGGAGCGGCGCCGCCGCGAGCGGCUCAACGAGAGCUUCCAGACUCUCAGAGCACUGCUCCCUCCCGGAUCAAAGAAGGACAAGGCCACGGUUCUCGCAAACACGACGGAGUACAUGCACAAGCUCAUCGCCGACGUGUCGAACCUCGAGAAGAAGAACCGGCAGCUCGAGGCGCAGCUUGGCCUGCCCCUCGAGACCCAGCAAGCCGGGAGCGACGACGACUCGUCGGAGAGGGUGCAAGUCGACGUGACCACCGGCGCGUCGACAUCCGCCGGCGGUCAAGCUCAGGUGGUGAGCAUUAGGGUGAUGGUGCGCGCGGAGUGCGACCUGUCGGAAGUAGUGUUCGCCAUGCUCGCCGGGAUCAAGAAGACGGGGCGCUUCGCGGUGGUGACAGUCGAUGCGCGGCAACGGAGCAACCGCCGUGCGCAAGUCAGCAUCACAUUGCGAGUCGCGGGUGGUGACGACGACGAGCCCGACGAGACGUCCCUCAAGGAAGCUGUGGCGAAGGCUGUCGAGGAUGCGGUGGCAAGGCCGCCAUCGCCGCCGCCGCCGCAGUGGUCGCCGUAGGCCGUGGCCCACCGCGCCGGAGCUUUUUUUUUUCCUAGAUAAGCUAGCACAUCAGUUUUGACCGGAUCAGGGAGAGAGGAACCAUACACUAGUAUUUGGUGGCAGUGGCCUGUCUGUAGUCUGUUUGAUUUUCUUCGGUCGUUUUCCCUGUCUUGUGCAUCUUUAGGUAAGAUUGAUCAGACUCUUGUUUUUCGAUCGGGUUUGUUAAUUAAGUCAGGAGUCACUAGUUAGGGGAGAGGUAAGUACAAACCGGGAGUGAUGAUUAGCCAUCUUAGUCAUUAGGAUGAUGUUAGUUUUGGUUGUCUGUGGUGAAGUAAAUUUUGUCUUUGGGCAUGUGCCCUCAAGUGGUUCACUUUUAACCAUGUAAAUGCUCAAUAUUGUAAUGUCGCUUUACUUGUGCUAAAACCAUGUUUUGCACUUUCAUUUAUGCAAAGC